CCCCUUGGUUUCAUUUCAGGACUCUUCCUGCUCUAGUGGUGGAUUCGGGACAAGAGUGAAUAUUAAUCGCCGCUUCGUCCCCCUUCCUAAGUUGGUGGAACCAAUUGACUCAUUUGAACUUCCUUCUGAAGCAGUGCGGCAGCGAGGAGAUGACAUCUCUUAUACAGAGUCAGAUCUGGUUUUUUCGUAUUGGUAUGUAUUUUUAUAUUGGUAUUGAUUUUUUCAUAGUUGUAUUGAUUUAUUGCCAUUAAUAGUGAUUAUUAUAUAAUGGUAUUGUUUUUUCGGUAGUGAGUUAUCAUAUUAGUAUUGGUUAAAUCUUGGUUAAUGAGUGGUAUAUAUUGUGGUAGUGGUAGUGUUUUGUGUAGGCUGCAAUGGUAGUGUUUUUAUAUUUUGGUAUUGAUUUCUUAUUUUUUUUAUAAUUGUAUUGGUAUUUUUUGAAAUGGUCGUGGUUGUCUAAUGGAUUGGUAUUGAUUAUUGUUUUAUCUUUGCAGUGGCAUUAGUUUGAUUAAACGAAAAAUAAAGAAAAUAUUGAGAAAAAGAAGAAAGAGAAAUUUGGUUGUAGAUUGCAAAAGUGAGAGAAAGAGAGAGAAAAAAAUUUAAUUAUUAUGUUUUUGUAACUUCUAAAAUGUAAUUUAAUCAAAAAAUAAUUUAAUAAAUAUUAUUUCUCAUACCCAAUUUGCCCUUUGUAAUCAUAGUGAGUACUACUUCCUAGUAAUCACUCUUACCGCUCCAAGCAUUACUCCUCGAAAAUCUCAGAUGAUAUAACUCUUUAUUUAAGCCAUAUGGCUUAUUAAUGUUGAUGGGAACUUGCGGUUAUAUUAUUAAUCAGAAAUUGUUGGUACAUCGUCCAACCGAAGUUGAUCAAUCAAUAUCAUAGGCGGUCUAUCAACCCACACAACAGGUGAGUUCCAAUGUGUUUCACACUCAGUCAUAAGAUGAGCAGCCGAAUUUGCUGUUCUUUUAACAUGUUGUAUUGAUCGAUUGUGCCCUGCAGCAAGCUUUUGUCGGAUACUGGUGCAUAUUCUCCCAAUCUCCAUUAGAGAUGAGCCCUCCUCUUGGAUCUUCUGUACCACUCAGAGACAAUCAGUCUCAAUAACUGGCUCCUGAAUCUGUAGUCGUUUCACCACGUUGAUCCCGAACUCAACUGCGCAUGCCUCCGCCAAUUCAGGAUCCCAUGAGCCAGGUAUUUUCUGGGCAGCUGCAAAAAUGAAUCUCCCAUAACAAUCACGACCCACUACUCCAAGACAAGCUCCACCAGACCCGCGUCUGUCAUGCCUUGUCGAGGUCAAAAUCACACCUCAGCAGCUGGGGCAGGACAGGGCUGUGUAGGCGUUCCCUGGUGCUCUUUGUAGUCAUGAAGAAAGGCUUCCGCACGCUGAGCAAUUUGAUCUUCUAGCACUUUUGACCCAUUAUGCAUUUGGGCAUUCCUUUCCUUCCAGAAAAACCAUAGCAAGACUAACCAUCUUUCAAUGUAUUCCUUCGGUGCUAAUUCAAGCACCCUCUUAACCCACUCCGCACAAUCCUCUGAACUGCGGCAUAAGAAAUACUUCGCCAAGUUCGUCGGGCGCCAAAUUCUGGUCGUCCACCCACAUUCACCAAACAGAUGAGAUUGCGUCUUCGGCAGGUCACUGAACGGGCAGCGAUCAUUCAUGUUCUCAUCUCGGCGGCAAUAAUUCGCUCCUGUGGGCAAUGGGAUCGGGAUAAUGUGUUGGGCUAUCUCCUCAGGUAAACAAGCCUGUACUUUCUCCAUGUCCCAAGUCUCCGUUUCUGUGGCAAUAAGAUCCCGAACUUUAGCAUCCACCGACAAAUGGGUUGGUGCUAACGGAACGAAGAACCUCGGGGUAGUUGGGAUCCAUUUACCACCCCAAAUGCGCACCGAGUCUCCAUUCCCAAUGACCCAUCUCAGUCCAGCCGACAAGAAUUCUUGCGCACUCAACAGCGACCGCCAAGCAAAACUCGGUCUUAGCCUGCUUCCACCUCUAGGAUCGUAGUUGACGGAUGGUACCGAGCUCUCAGCAUCCGCGCUAUGAGAGAUUGGGGCCGGUUAUGGGUGCUCCAGAGACGACUCCCUAGGAGGGUCGUAUUGAAACCUUGUAACUCCCUAAAACCCAGGCCACCUUCUUCUUUUGGACAAAACAGCUCCUCCCAUCUCACCCACGACAAUCUAUACUUCUCUCCCUUAGCACCCCACCAAAAAUUGUGUAUCAUUCUCUCAACCACUGACGUUACGCUUUCAAGGAUUCUGAAAAUCCCCAUAGCAUAAGUUAACUGCGCCAGCGCAACAGAUUUUAUCAGGACUGCCCGUGCCGCAACUGAAAGGGUUCGCUCCUUCCAGCCCUUCAAUUUCUUUCGAAUUCGAUCUGUUAACCCAUUAAAGGCUUCCUACAAAAUAUCCAAGAGCACUGCUCUUUCCUACAAAAAAGUAAAUCUUGAGGAGUGAG